AUGACUACGGUAACUUCUCACGAAAUAAAUUUAUAUGGUCUGAGUGGCUCUAUAUUUUGGACAACUUUGAUAGGAUUUAUAUUUUUUGUGCUUGGGUUUGCAACGGCAACACAAGCAAUGAUAACAAUUGGUUUAAUAUUGUUCGUUGGAGCAACUCUGGCCAUAUUUAUUUACAUGUUUCUGCACGAGUUAUCUUUCAGCAAAAGUUUGCUCAUAAAAGUCUUUUGUGGAUUGUCCUUCGCAACAGUUUUGUUUACGUUGAUUGGCGUGGCAAUCUAUGGCGGCACUGAGAAGUACAAUUUAAACUGGUCUUACGCUUUUACCAUCAUUGGAGGAAUAUUUUCUUUGAUAUCCGCAAGUUUGAGUCUAUUUCAUAUGAAAAAGUCAAGUAUAUUUUGA